AUGGUAUCCUUCAUCUCCCACAUUCCCUCUUCAUCAUCUACAAUUGAAGAUCCACAAAAAUGGGUCAAUCGAAUCAGUAAAACCUUCGAAAGCCAUAUUUUAGUCGACACUGAUCUUCCUAUUUGCAUCUUUCAAGUACCGAAAACAUUAACCACCGAAAAACAAGAGUCUUACGUUCCCCAAUUUAUCGGUCUAGGACCAAUACACCAUUUCCAUACCGAACGCUAUAGCAACCAAGAACAACUCAAACUUAUGACAUCAAAAACAAUGUUAGCACCGUACAAAAUCACAUCCGAUUUCACGAAAAUUGUUAUAGAGAAUCUCAUUCAACUCAUUCCAGAACUUCGCUGUUGCUACGACUUAUACUUUGAUGUAAAUGAUGACACACUAGCUUGGGUUUUUGCUAUAGAUGGGCUUUUCAUGAUUGAUGUUUUGUCAAAAGUAUCAAAUGGAGAUUCUUUGGAAUCUUUUGAAGAUAUUUUGAUGGUUGAAAACCAAAUACCGUUAAUAGUUUUGAUUGAAGUUCGUACUGCGAUUGAAGAACACGUAUCUGGUGAUUGUAACAAUUCUUUUCUUUCGAAUUUAUUAAUUAAAAUUUGUGAAACUCGGUCGCCUCUUAAGUUCAGUAGACGAAUAUCUCGAUUGGAUCUUGACAUACACAGCCGCUUUCAUUUGCUUGAUUGUAUGUAUCAUUUGAUAGUAAACCAUAAUGUGGUGACAAAGAACCAAUUUAUUCGGACUAAUUUCUUGGAUGAUAUUGAUUUAGAAGAUGUUGAAAAUGCAGUUCAAAUGGCAGGGGAUUUUUGUCCUGGGGCAAACACUUUUUUGCAGCCUCUUUUGAUAUUAUUGAAAUUGCCAUGGGACAAAAUAAUAAGUUUUAUCAAGAAAGUUUUGGGGGAAAAUCCUGCGGUUUUAGAAAUCGAUAUUCCUUCGGCUUCUGAGCUUUCAAGAAUAGGCAAGAUUGAAUUUUGUAUGACUCCAGGAGGAAUACGAGACGUUGAAUUUGAUGACGAAACACAUACUUUUUACCUCCCAAUAAUUGAUUUAAAACCCGAUUCUGAAGUCAUACUAAGAAAUUUGGUAGCUUAUGAAGGUUUUAUGUUCAAGAAAGGUACGUUUACUAAUCUUGAUUUCACGGAAUAUGUUGAUGUAAUGUGUGGGAUUAUCGACGGUGUUAAGGAUGUGAGGAUCCUUCGUGAAAAGCAUAUAAUUGAAGGCGAUAUGGAUGAUGACGAUGUUGUUAAACUCUUUAAUGGGAUUACUAAAUCGAGCUUGGAAACGAAAGAAGUAUCCGGGCUGCAGAAGACGGUUGCAAGAGUUAAUAAGUAUUAUGGAAACAUUCCUCGGGUUAAAGUGUCUCAUUAUAUCAAAAAAUACUUUCUUUCGUGGUGGAAAGUUAUUGUUGUCAUGUUUACUCUUUUAAAUCUUAUGUUGUUGGUCGUUAAGGGAGCAUGUCAAGUUUACGAGUGUGGCGAAGAUCAGUCGGGGUUCGGUAUGGCUCGAGUGCUUUUCGGUUUAGGAAGGAAAAAUAACCGUUUGUUUGAUUUCUAG